AUGGUCCGAAUUUCCCGCGCAGCCCACCUGUGGGCCCGCCUGCGGGCAGCCGGCGCUUGCUGCCGAGAGAUGGGUCAGCAGAGCGACGCUGGUCUCCUGCCGGUGGCAUGGCCUCUGAGCAGGAAGCAUGGAGUCAACGAGGUGGCCCUCGGCCCCGACCGCAUGCGCACGCUGUGGCUGGAGCUGGAGGGCGGCGAUUGGACGGGGCUAAGCGAGGACCUGCGGGCGUCGUUGUGCGCCCGCGGCGGCGAGGCGCCCGAUCCCGCGGCGGAGGCCCCGGCGCUGCCCAGGAUGGCGAGCCUGCUGCGGCGCCUGCUGUGGAGCGGCCUCGCUGCGCUGGGCGCGGUCGCGUCGCUGAUCCUGCUCCUCUCGAGGGCCGCGGGCCGCGGGGCCGGCCGGGCAGGGGAGGACAGCCGAGGCUUCGAGCUGCUGUUCGAGGGGGAGGUGCCCCAGGAGGACUUCGCCGUGCACGUUGGCUCCGUGUGCUUCGGCCCCUCGGAGGUGAUCGGCGGCCCCGGGAGCUCCGAGCUUGGCCUUGCUGGCCACCUUCUGCUGGAGGUGGUCUCCGACGUGGACUGGAGCGAGGCCCGCUGCCUCGAGUGGAUGGCGGACGACAGCCUGCUGCAGCCAGGGGAGGCGGACCGCCGUGGCCUGGCCUUCCACCGGCCCGAUGCAAGCGGCCCCGGUCUCUCGGGGCAGGAGUUCGGAGGAGGACAAGGCACCGAUGCCGCUGCCCGUCGCCCGCUUUCCUCUUGCCGGGGGCCUCCUGGGAGGCCCUCGUCGCCACCGCUGGAUUCGCCUCGAAAUCCUCGUCGGAACGCGCCCCGGGAGAGGGCCGGGGAGUAG